CAAACAACAAUCGCUCUUCUCAUCUAAUCAUCCACAUCACUAGAUAAAGAUGAAACUCAUUUAUUCAAGCCUAAUCUCUUGCUUCCUAGCUGUUGCCAUUGCUGCUCCUAUUGCGCAUCCUGCUCCCGAUGCAAUUGCAUCCCCUGAAGCUGCUGCCGAAGCUGAAGCCGAUGCAUGGAGAUGGCACAGCUGGGUUAGAAACCAAGCAAUCUAUAAGAGAGAGGCAGAUGCAGAUGCUAAUCCCGAAGCUGAAGCCGAAGCUGAAGCCGAUGCAUGGAGAUGGCACAGCUGGGUUAGAAACCAAGCAAUUUACAAGAGAGAAGAUCCACAAGAUUUUACUUAUGAGGAGUCAGAACCAAAUGAAGAGCCCCUUGGCUUCAUUUACGCUUUUGAAAGUCGUGAUAGCUCCGAACCUUCUGCUUACCACCCUAUUUUCUUUAAGGAUAUCGAGGACGAAAUCUAUGAACAUUUUAAUCUUUCCAGCUCAAAGCUUCCGUCGAAAAUUAUCAAAGGAGCACUUUUCAAAAGAGAGGCAGAGGCAGAGGCAGAGGCAGAGGCAGAGGCAGAGGCAGAGGCAGAGGCAGAGGCAGAUGCCGAAGCUGGUGCCGAUGCUGGCGCAUGGAGAUGGCAUAGUUGGGUUAGAAACCAAGCAAUCUAUAAGAGAGAGGCAGAUGCAGAUGCUAAUCCCGAAGCCGAAGCCGAAGCCGAAGCAUGGAGAUGGCACAGCUGGGUUAGAAAUCAAGCAAUCUAUAAGAGAGAAGCCGAUGCAGAAGCAGAAGCAGAAGCCGAUGCUAAUGCUAAUGCUGACGCGGACGCCAGUGCCUGGAGAUGGCAUAGUUGGGUUAGAAAUCAGGCAAUUUAUUAAAUCAACUGGUUAUUGAUUUAAUAAUUUGACCAAACAGUUACUUUCAUAAUGGCUA